AUGGCUGGCUCCAGGGCUGCGCUUCCAUUUGACGUGCUGUUUUACAUUACGUCUCAUCUGGGAUUUGAUGACAUUGUCAGCCUUGCACACAGUUGCCGACAGCUUCGAAGCCUGCUCCAGGAGAAUGGCAUCUGUAGGAAGGCAAUUGAGGCCGAAUUUAAAUAUACAAAGGAAGCACGAUUGGCUCAAGAACAGCGCAUCUCGUAUUGCGAUGCAUUUAGCCAUAUACAGGACCGGAGACAUGCCUUUUCAAAAGCACAUCCAUUUUCAGCACGCGUUAUCGGGCGAGCCAACGACUUUUGUUACCGAAAAGGCAUAUUAUGCAUCCUCGAGGGCAACACUAUUCGAGUGUCCGACGCACACGCCCAUGGGCCAGCAACCACCAUCGAUCUUUCGCUUAUUAUCGUUGAAUAUUCUGAGAGUUCAUCGUCUUCUAGCGAUGUUAAGCUGUCUUUGUUGUACUACAAUGAUGAUAUCGUUACCAUCUACGUGGAGGGCAGGGGCAGACAUAAUAACGGCCGCCUCUAUGCAAUUACGACUAAGCCUGGAGUAUCAGACCAAGCGAGAUUAAUCAAAAGGAUACGGCUGGAAGCGAGCGAUAGGGUCUUCGCCCGUCAUACGUCACGUUUUCUUUACUACGGAACUUACACUUCUGUAGGAUCGCAAGGUCACUACGAGUGGGAAGUCCAAGGCGUCUCCCUCAACGACGAAAACAGCCUACCAUGCACACCAAUUCAGCUCCACGGAUUCUUUGGGACUGAUCUUGGCCCAACGAUAGCUUUUGAGAUCCAUGAAGGGUAUUUCUACGCAGUGUCAAACCAGUCAACCUUCGAGGCGGAAGAGAUCGACUGGACAUCCUUCUACCAUUGCAUGCGGCUCCCGGUCGACAAUCCCAAAGCAGAGUUCCUAGAAUCUAACAAGAAGCUAUGGAGGCGACAACAUGAUGAGGGUGUCAUUCACGACUCGUGGACAGAUCUGAGCCUACAAAUUGAUGAGAGCACGAACGAUCUCAUGAUUGUCGAAGCUCGACGAGAAUACCAGAAGAACCUGAGUCGACAGGUACGCACAUAUUACAUCUCAGAAUUCGUUUCAGGAUUCGAUUCUCCCUCUAGCUCAACAGGAGGAUCACCCUUACUUGAAGCCUCGACUGGACCUGAACUGCCCUGGGGCGAUGCCUAUAUUCAAACUCUGGAUUCAACAAACAACCCCAACUAUGCACCUCCAGAAUCCCGUUUCAAUUGGAACUUCCACCCUGAGGUACUUCACGGAAGCAACGCUGGGCGACCCUUCAUUCUCGCCAGAACCAAACUCAGAGCCUACAACUACUCCUGCGCCUCCUUCAUGGACAUGGUCGAAGACGACCGCUGCUGCACCGACCUCUCCACAUCGUGUCUGAGGCUACGUAUCGGAUCCCGCCGUGUAGCGCCUCUGGAUUGGGCGGACCUCUCAACGACCACACCUCAGCUGCUCACUCUCCCCGCCCUGCUCAACGACGUGGCCUACCGCCAUUCCCCAACCAGAAUGUGGCCACCGUCAGCCUCGAGAUGCCCUUGCUCCAAGAGAUUGCACCACAUCCUCAAUCCACCUCUGCCUGGAGGCCCGGCCUACAACCGCUCUAUCACGGGCACCCUCGAUGAACGCAGCCUCGUGUACAUGAUUCGCCCAGGCCGGUCCUACAGCCCUAGCGAUGACAACGCAUUGGGCAUCGUUGUCAUGAUUAGUUUCAAUCGAGGUCCCUUGCCGCCCAAGCAUGGUGCGGAGGACCGGUCACGAGAGCAUGGUGGAGACGCUCAGUACGAGUCGGAAUGGCGCUGGGUACCUGGAGCUUCAGGCAGAUGCAGGGAACGCAGCUGCCAGUGAAUUUCUGGCCGGAGCUCUGGGCGAUGGCGCAGCUAGCAGAGCCGCAUAGAAGGCGGACAGUGGUUUGCGAACCACGGUCCCGCAGUCUAUCGAGUCGCCUUGUGGAGGGGCUUGAGGUGCAGCAUCGAUGCAGGGGUCGACACGACACCGGUGAGAUCCCCGCUUGUUCCCA